GUGACGCAGAUUACCACGUGACCUCGUUUGUUGUUAUAUGCUGUGCACUGAGAGACUCGGUUCACAGUGCGCUACGACCAUGUCGAAGACUAUCGAUACCAACUUCGCCAAGAACUGUUACACCCACAGCCGGGUGCGGGUACCGGACUACUCCCGUGCCCAUCCCAUGGUGCCCCGCCUGUAUACCCAGGAAUGGAAGACCGACAUGAAGAACCGGGAGCUCAUCCUCAAGAAUUCUGACUUGGGAGGCAUCCCCCACUUCGAGCACGACGAGAACCUGUUCCUGGAAAAACGAGAACAGAUGGCCUACAACGUGGAGGUGAGAAACCGCGUGGAGAGCAAGUGCCCGCUGCCAGACAGAGCACAGCUACUCCGUCCUCACUUCCACCACGAGACCUCCAAGUACCAGAGCUCGCUCAUGUAUAGAAGCGAUAAUAAAGACUACGCCUGAUUGUAGCAUAGCGUCGAGAAAAUGUGAAACUGCUUUAGAUAUAUAUUCUGCUGAAUUACGUCAUGAAAUCCAUGCUCCUGGUGUACAUGUUUAGGGCUCAAUUGGGGCGUGUUGGACGAACAUGUGAACGUCUUUUGGAGUAAAUGCAUUUGAAAUUUGGAGAUCAUUCGUUUAUGAAAUAUAUCUUUUGUGUAUAUAAACACUUUAUGUUUGUCACGUGUGGCAUUGUUUAUUAAUGUUUUGUUUGUUUAUGGGUGUUUUGUUUUGUUUUGUUUAUUGUUCACGACUUAGUCCCGGUUGUCAAGCGUUUGUCCACGUCAGUAUUAUGAUUGCACUGCAGUAUUAUGUGUUCUGUGUUUUAGGAGAGAUUGUCCGUCUGUAGUAAACUAAUGUCUAUAACACAAUCAUGUUUAUUAUAUCAAAAUACGUUAUGCGUUAUGUUUUAUGUUACUUGGAAAUAAACACAUUUCCAGACUUGUCA